GAGAAUUUUCAAGUCGAAGGGAGACAAUCCAUAUCAAGGUUCAAGCAAGGUGAACAUCAACGACUUCACAGAAUCGUGUGAUAGACAAGAUAAUGUUGAAGAUGAUUCGUAUUCCAAAAAUGUGUUGAUAGAUGGUGAUGCUGCUGCUGAUGAUGAUGAUGAUGGUGAUGAUGACGCUGACGGCGUUGUAUACAUGGACUCAAACGAAGUCAUUCGAAAAGAUGAUGAUGAUUAUGAUGUGAUUGACGAUGUAAAUAUGGACUCAAAGGAAGACAUUCGAGAUCGAAAUGAUGAUGAUGAUGAUGAUGAUGAUGACGAUGACGUGAUUGACGACAGUAAUGACAGUGGAGAGGGCAGCAUGGAUGAGGAAGACGAUGUUGUUGAAUUCCAAGAGGAAACAUGCCAUGCUUUAAAACAAGUGGAGAUCACAAACGUAAAUGACGAGGAACCAUUGAAAUGCGAAACCAUGAAAACUAUCCAGCAGUCCAACCCCAGACUGAUGAAUAGCAAUGAUAGCAGUCCGUCUGAAGACCUGCCUAAAAACUUCUGUCAUUUAUGUUCCAAGACUUUUGCUUUUCCCAAAGGACAUCGUCGUCACAUGAGAAACAUUCACAAGAUAACAUUGGAACUGAAACGAAGACUCAACCCAAUGAAAGACCUGCCUAAAACUAAAAACUUCUGUCAAAUCUGUUCCAAGACUUUUGCUUUUUCCCAUGGACAUCGUCGACAUAUGAGAAACAUUCACAAGAUUACGAUUGAACCGAAACACAAACUCAACCCAGUCAAAAACGUCGCUUGUAAAAUUUGUCAAAAACAGUUUGUUUCUGAACAAACGUAUCGCAUUCAUAAUGAAAAAGUCCAUUUGAAGCCAAAAGACCACAAAUUCACAGAAAACAGGAGAAAAGUAACGGAAAAACCAUUGAAGACACGUGGCUGCCCGGAAUGUGGGAAAUUAUUUUCCACUGCCCGUGAUUUAGAUCGCCAUAUGAUAACCCAUACCAAGGAACAACGUUUCGAAUGUCCAGACUGUGGUAAAAGAUUUUCCCACAAAACUAAUUUAAAGAGACAUUCGGACGAGCAACAUCAGGCCCAUAAUAAAACCAAUUUUAAGUGUCAGCACUGUGAAAAACGGUUUUCCCAAAGAACGCAUUUGUUAGAACACCAAUCGACUCAUGAUGACGUGCGUCGAUAUCCGUGUACAAUUUGUGAAAAAAGUUAUUCGUCGAACUGGAAUCUCCAGGAACAUUUACUUUCGCAUCAAGGAAUAAAAAAAUUUCAGUGUCAAAAAUGCGAUCGUGGGUUUCAGCGAAAAUAUCAGUUGGCUGAA